CCGAUUGUUACCCAUCCCAUUCGCUGCUCGAGAUGAAACCCUUUGCCUGCAUCCUGGUGAUCCUAGCCGCCCUCCUGUCCGUUGGCCAGGCCUCUCUGGGCGGUCUUCUUGGCGGCGGCGGCGGUGGUGGCGGCGGAGGCGGUGGCUCCAUUGGAGGCAUUGGACAGCUGCUGCAGAGCAAGCUGGGCGGUCUCGGCGGAGGGCUGGGCGGCGGCCUGGGCGGUCUGAGCGGCGGUCUCGGCGGAAAGCUCGGCGGUGGCGGUGGAGGAGGCGGUGGUGGCUACUCCGGUGGCUACUCCAACGGCGGUGGAUACUCCGGCGGCGGUGGAUACUCCGGCGGCGGCGGUGGAUACUCUGCUCCUGCUCCCAGGCCCGUCGAGAAGGUGGUCAUUGUGAAGGUCAUCAGCGAGGGCUACUCCGGCGGUCAAUCCGGUGGCUACUCCGGUGGCUACUCCAGCGGUGGUGGCUACUCCAAUGGUGGCGCCCAGUCUGGAGGCUGGUCCUCCGGCGGUGCUCAGUCCUCCGGCGGCUGGAACAAGGGCUGGUAGAGAGCUCCAAGUCCCAGGAACCAACCACAAAUAGUUCAAACCUAAAUAUAGAUAUAUUUUUUUUUUAUACUUUUUAGCGGUAUUUUGUUUGUUAGAAUUUAUGCAAUAU